AUGAGCACGCCGCUGCCGCUGACCACGACCCAGCAAGGUGAGGGGACAGAGAAGCCAGCAGUGAUGGAGACUCCCCUUUGGUUCCCAGAGCCCAACCCUGGGAUGGCCUCGAGUGAGAUGGACAUCGCUGUCAUUGCAGGCGUGGUCGCGGCCGUGGCCUUCGUGCUGCUCGGCCUGCUGCUGCUCAUGCUGCAUUACCUCUAUCGGCACAAAGGCACGUACCACACCAACGAGGCCAAGGGCACGGAGUUCGCCGAGAGCGCGGACGUGGCCCUGCAGGAUGACCCGGCCCUCCGGGACGACGGCGGCGGCAGCAAAAAGGAGUACUUCAUCUGA